GACCGCGAGUGUUCAUCACUCUAUUCUUUGUGCGCUUCUGUGAAAAUAUUUGAACAAAAUAGGCGUUCAUUUAAGCGGACCCCAUGUGUUUGGACCGAACGAAAACUUUUGUUUGAAACUGGUGUUUCCUGAAAUGAUGUCAUCCUGUGGUCCUCUUCUAUUGGCUGUGUCAUGCUGUUUGGUUGCUCUGACAUCAUCACUCAACCUGGAUGACCCUAAUGUCUGCAGUCACUGGGAAAGUUACUCAGUGACCGUGCAGGAGUCGUACGCUCACCCGUUUGAUCAAGUCUACUACACCAGCUGCACGGACAUCCUCAACUGGUUCAAAUGCACUCAGCACAGGGUAAGCUACAGAACAGCCUAUCGCAGAGGUGAGAAGACAAUGCAUCGGCGCAAGUCUCAGUGCUGCCCAGGUUUCUACGAGAGCGGAGAUAUAUGUGUUCCCCACUGUGCUGAGAAAUGUGUGCAUGGCCGAUGCGUGGCCCCCAACACCUGUCAGUGUGAGCCAGGCUGGGGAGGGGCCGACUGCUCCAGCGCGUGUGACCAGAAUCACUGGGGCCCACACUGCAGUAGCCGGUGUCAGUGUAAGAACGAGGCGCUGUGUAACCCCAUCACUGGAGCGUGCAUAUGUGCACCCGGGUACCGUGGCUGGCGAUGUGAAGACCUCUGUGACCAUACCACUUAUGGCAACAACUGCCAACAGAAAUGUCUGUGCCAGAAUAAUGCUACAUGCCACCACAUCACAGGCGAAUGCAUGUGCAGUCCAGGAUACACAGGAGCAUUCUGUGAAGACUUGUGCCCUCCGGGUAAACAUGGACAGCAAUGUGAGGAGCGUUGUCCCUGUCAGAACGGUGGUGUAUGUCAUCAUGUGACUGGAGAAUGUUCCUGUCCUGCUGGUUGGAUGGGAAUGGUGUGUGGACAACCCUGUCCGAUGGGACGCUUUGGUAAGAAUUGCUCACAGGAGUGUCAGUGUCAUAAUGGAGGAAUCUGUUCGCCAUCCACGGGACAGUGUGUGUGCAGUUCAGGAUACACAGGAGAGAGGUGCCAAGACCAGUGCCAGGUUGGAACAUAUGGUAUUGGCUGCAGCCAGACGUGUCGCUGUGUAAAUGGAGCUCAGUGCUAUCAUGUGAGUGGAGCAUGUUUGUGCGAGCAGGGAUACACAGGAGAAAGCUGUGAGGAGCGCAUCUGUCCAGAUGGUCAAUAUGGCCUUAAGUGUGACAGGAAGUGCCCAUGUAACACCAACAACACACGCAGUUGUCACCCAAUGUCGGGUGAGUGUUCCUGCCAGUCGGGCUGGUCGGGGUUGUACUGUAAUGAGACAUGUGCUCCUGGUUUCUAUGGGGAGGCCUGUCAGGAGGUCUGUCGCUGCCAGAAUGGAGCCGACUGCCACAGUGUGAGCGGGGAAUGUAUCUGUGCACCAGGAUAUAAGGGCUCAGACUGUGCCGUAGCCUGCCCUUCGGGUACAUAUGGCAUCAACUGUACUUCUCUGUGUUCUUGUAAAAAUGGAGCCAUUUGUUCACCCAUCGAUGGAUCAUGUUCUUGUCAAGCAGGGUGGCAUGGGGUGGACUGCUCGAUUAACUGCCCCAGUGGAACAUGGGGUUUGGGCUGUAACCUGUCAUGUGUGUGUGGUAAUGGAGGCGCAUGCAAUGCUCUUGAUGGCAAAUGCACAUGUACUGCAGGCUGGAGAGGAGACAGAUGUGAACAACAUUGUCAGGAUGGGACAUAUGGAUUGGAUUGCCGUGAGCGUUGUGACUGCAGUCAUGCAGAUGGGUGUCACCCCUCAACUGGACACUGCCGCUGUCUAGCAGGCUGGACAGGCAUUCAUUGUGACAGUGUGUGCGCUGAGGGCCGCUGGGGGCCAAACUGCUCUCUGUCCUGUAACUGUAAAAACAGUGCGUCUUGCUCACCUGAUGAAGGUGCAUGUGAGUGUGCACCUGGAUUCAGAGGAACCACCUGCCAACACAUCUGUUCUCCAGGUGUCUUUGGCCACCGCUGCAGCCAGGCAUGUCCACACUGUGUCCACAGCAAUGGCCCCUGUCACCAUGUGACCGGCCAGUGUGAAUGUCUACCUGGUUUUAAAGGGGCACUCUGCAACGAAGUGUGUCCCAGUGGCAGGUUUGGCAAGAACUGUGGAGGGAGCUGCACCUGCACUAAUAAUGGCACAUGUAGCCCAAUGGAUGGCUCAUGUCAGUGCUAUCCCGGCUGGAUUGGCAGUGACUGCUCACAGCCAUGUCCUCCGGGUCAGUGGGGUCCCAACUGCAUUCACACUUGCAACUGUCACAAUGGAGCAUUCUGCAGUGCUUAUGACGGCGAGUGUAAAUGUACAGCCGGCUGGACAGGUCUGUACUGCACACAAAGAUGUCCAUUGGGUUUCUAUGGUAAGGACUGUGUGCAGGCAUGUCAGUGUGAGAAUGGUGCAGACUGCAAUCACAUCUCCGGUCAGUGCACAUGCCGAACAGGCUUCAUGGGACGUCACUGUGAACAGAAAUGUCCUGCGGGUUCAUAUGGAUAUGGCUGCCGGCAAGUUUGUGAUUGUCUCAAUAACUCCACCUGUGAUCACAUGACUGGCACAUGUUACUGCAACCCGGGCUGGAAAGGCACACGAUGUGACCAGGCUGGAGUGAUUAUUGUAGGGAGUCCCAAUAGUUUGACAAGCGCAGCUAUGCCAAUGGAUUCAUAUCAAAUUGGUGCAAUCACAGGAAUCAUCAUCCUUGUACUUCUUGUGCUCAUCCUCCUCUUCCUGUUCAUCAUUUACCGCAAAAAACAGAAAGGCAAAGAAUCCACAAUGCCUUCUGUCACGUACACACCUACUAUGAGGGCCAACACUGAUUAUGCCAUUGCAGAGUCACUCCCACAAACUGAGGUCCUUCCCAACAGUAACUAUUUCUCCAACCCCAGCUACCAUACGCUGACCCAAUGCAGCAGUCCACCUCAUGUCAAUAACAUACCCUAUGGAAAGAUGAACAACAACCAGUUGUUUGUGAACCUGAAGAACACUGAGCCAAGGAAGCGGCUUUCCCUCCUGGAUCACACAGGAACUCUACCAGCUGACUGGAAACAAGGCGGAUCCUUUAGUGAACUUGGAGCUUAUGGAGUUGACAGGCAUUACAUGGGCAAGUCGCUUCGAGACCUUGUGAAGAGUUUGCCCUAUCAUGCCAGUUCCUGCUCUCUGAAUAGUUCAGAGAACCCAUAUGCCACCAUCAAAGACCCUCCUCUGCUGUUGACCAAGAGCACUGAGUGUGGUUAUGUGGAAAUGAAGUCUCCUGCUCACAGAGAUUCGCCAUAUGCUGAGAUACAUUCCACCAGCCCUGCCAACAAAAAUGUCUAUGAAGUUGAGCCAACCAUCAGUUCUGUCCAGGCACUUACAAACAACAACUGCAAUGGGCCAUUCUGUCAAGAUCCAUAUGACUUACCAAAGAAUAGUCACAUUCCAUGUCAUUAUGACCUACUGCCUACAAGAGACAGCAGCCCAUCACCCACAGAGGACAGCAAAUAAACACUCGCAAACUUCAUUAAUGGGCCAUUGGCCUGAGUACUCCACAGCACUCCUUUAUUACUGCAUUUAUUGCUGUCUUUAAUGACAUACAACAUUAUAAAAUUUCUUAAUUACUUCUGGCUUACAUAUUCUAAAUGCCAUAGUCUUACCCAGUAUUCUGUGAGGAACAAGAGAACGAUUGUUUUAGUGGAGGAUGCUAAUAAUUGUAAUUCAUUCAAGCAUAUCAUUCCAUUCUUUUAUAAUAACAUAUCCCACAAAUCCCAGACAAUCUUCUGUGUUUCUGAUAAAGUAUGUUAGAUGAGAUUCCUGUUGUUUUUUCUUCCUCAUAAUAUUUUGAAUACUAGUACUGUUUAUUGCAAUCAGAUUGUCCGAAAACAUUUCAGGUUUACCAAAGGUUGACAUGCCCUUAUAAAGCAUCAUUAGUGUUGUAUUUAUAUUGACAGUUACCCAUUAAAUAUAGUUUACAGUCACAUACAGUUGAAGUCAGAAUUAUUAUCCCCCCUUUAAAUUUUUUUUCUUUUUUUUAUAUUUCCCAAAUUAUGUUUAACAGAGCAAAGAAAUUUUCACAGUAUGUCUGAUAAUAUUUUUUUCUUUUGGAGAAAGUAUUAUUUGUUUUAUUUUGGCUAGAAUAAAAGCAGUUUUUAUUUUUUUAUGAACCAUUUUAAGGUCAAAAUUAUUAGCCCCUUUAAGCUAAUUUUUUCGAUAGUCUACAGAAGUUAAGUUAAGCCUUUAAAUGUCACUUUAAGCUGUAUAGAAGUGUCUUGUAAAAUAAUAUUUACUGUCAUCAUGGCAAAGAUAAUAUAAAUCAGUUAUUUGAAAUUAGUUAUUAAAACUAUUAUGUUUAGAAAUGUGUUGAAAAAAAUCUUCUCUCCCAGAAAUUUGGAAAAAAAUAAACAUGGGGGCUAAUAAUUCAGGGGGGCUUAUAAUUCUGACUUCAACUGUAUGUCAACAUUAACAUCAUUUUUACAUUGAAACAAAGGGCAAAUACUUUAUACUGUGUAUUACUUCCUAGUUUUUAGAAAGCUAAAGCUAAAGCUGGACUUUUGCAAAAAAAAACAUCUUUAAUAUGACGAGAUGAGUCAGUUUGAUAUAAAUAAAUCUAUGGAGUAUUUAGGACAUACAUUCAUAUGUCUUAAAGCACUCUGAGCCUGAACGUUAAUUGUAUAAAACUGUACAUAGUACCAAUUCUUUUAUGAAUUGGAUUAAUUUUCUUUCAAAUUUAACAUGCUCAUGAAUUCCUUUGUAACUUGACCAGUAUUGUUUAAAGCAGGACAUACAGCGAAGUGUCAUCCUGUCCAACUGACUGGACCUAUAAUAUGUUUUCCAUAGAUUUUUUGUUUUUAUUAUUAUUAUUAUUAUUAUUAUUAUUAUUAUUAUUAUUAUUAUUAUUAUUAUUUUACUCUAAAUAUUCCACACAAUGGGGCAGCACGGUGGCACAGUGGGUAGCACAAUUGCCUUACAGCAAGAGGGUUGUUGGUUCGAGCCCAGGCUGGGUCAGUUUGCUUGGGUUUUCUACAAGUCCAAAGUCAUGUGGUAUAUUUGAAUUGGGUAAGUUAAAUUGUCCGUAGUGUAUGAGUGUGUAUGGAUGUUUCCCAGUGAUGGGUUGCAGCUGGAAGGGUAUCAGCUGCGUAAAACAUAUGCUGGAUAAGUUGGCAGUUCAUUCUGCUGUGGCGACCCCAGAUUAAUAAAGGGAAUAAGCCGAAAAGAAAAUGAAUGAAUGAAUUCCACACAAUGAAAUUAUUAAUAAUACUGACCCAAAAGCAGCCAAGUGCGUAUGAGUGUUUUAUGUAUAUAUCUUAAAACUGUAUCUUUGUUUUGCUUUUCUUAUGAUUUUUUAAAUAAAUGUAAAAAAAUCUAAAAA